AAAUGGCAAAAUAAAACACUGACAGAAGAAGAAAAGGCAACGAUUGAGAAAGGAAUUGAGGAGAUCGCUGAAAAAUUUAGAAACGGUGAGAGUGCUCCGGAUGUUAAAGAGCUGUUCAAGAAAAUCCAUCUGACAGAUAAGGAGAUAUCCGCUAUAAUCGCGGCAGCAAAGCGAAGGAAUGUGAACAACUUCAAUUCUGUAAGGAAAUAUCCACGUACAGGGAAAGCCCCCGUGAAAAAGAUCAAGAAAAAUAUUUAUCUACAACCGGACUCUGUUUAUGAAAGAGCAGACUUCGAACCGUACGAGACUGAGGAUGAACGUAUCAUGAUCAUGACGGAAUCUUUGUGCCAUGCAGUCCGUAAGUACGAUCAUUAUGAAUGGUGCAACCGAUAUACUGAAGAUCGCAUACGGCCUGAAAGUGUUGCUGCGACCUUUGCAUCAAAUCUAUUAAAUGUAAGAUGUGUGGACGUAGCAGCUAGAUUGAGGCAUUGUGAACAGUUUCCAAUAGAUCUAACACUUCCUCCAACUUUUUCUACAGCUUCGGCUUAUCGAGUAUUCGAGAGUUCUCGUGUUUCUCUGAGUAAGAGGGCAUCGGUGUAUUUUAACCCUAGCGAUGUUAAUUCAACGGACUUCAUGAUACUCUAUCCUGAAGGUGAUAUUGUUCGGAAGUUCACGGUUCAUGAUCGACUCAACAUUCAACUUCAUUCAGAUAUUCUGUUGGAUCUCAAUUACCUCAAAUUAAAGACACAAGUACGAGCGGUUUUCUUAGAACCUACUCGGCUCGCCAUGGCUAUAGAAUCGCCGGAAGCGGAAGAACAGAGAAACAAGGUCCAAAUGGAACUCAUGGGAACAAUUAUGGCAGAACAUGAAGCGUCUCAAACUGAGGCCAUGUUGGACUACGUUGCAAGUGAAGUGGUGGUUGAAAACACUCAAGAAAAUGAGCCAAUCUUUUACGAAGAUGCUGUAGAUGAUGCCCUCAAUGCAACAAUUCAUACGAUUGGUGACGCAGUCAGCCCUUCGAUAGAGGCGGGACUCGAAUGCGCGAGUACCACUGCUGAGAGAGAUAUUCAGGAAUCCGAGACGCUGUUAGAGGCCAAAGCCGAACCCGUUAAAAGAAAACGAGGAAGACCGAGGAAGUAUGAAGCACCGCCUACUUCUAAGGAGAACCAGGAAAAGUCAGGGGCGAAGAAGAGGAAAAGUGUUCAUGAAGUCUCCGACGAGGGCGAGGAAGAGCUUUGA